GCUUGAUUCCAAAGUUUGAAGUCCAUAUUGGCCUGGCCGACAGUUGACAAGUACGGCCGUAUUAGCCCUUUGGCGAUUGACCGGGCAACUCUUUCUUCCCUUCCCUGUCUCUCUCUUUCUAUUCUAUUCUCCUCUCUUCUCUUCUCUUCUCAUUCUCUUUUCUUCCAUUUCAAACAACAUCAUCAAUAUUCCGCGGUCUAAAUCUUCCUCUUGGAUCCGCUCUGAUCGAAAUUCCAGCCACAACAACUGGAUCGCAACUUGAGAUCCCAAUUGCAUGCCGCCGCAGCAGCUUCACUUCUCUCUCUAAUCCAUGGGGGAGUGGGUAGUUGGGGCCUUCAUCAACCUUUUCGGCAGCAUUGCCAUCAACUUUGGUACUAACCUUCUCAAAUUGGGCCAUAAUGAGAGGGAGAGGCAUUCAAUGCUAGAAGGUGAUGGAACAAAUGGAAAGUUGCCUCUGAAACCUAUUAUAUACUUCCAUACAUGGAGAGUUGGCUUUGUAUUUUUCGUUCUUGGAAAUUGCCUGAAUUUUAUAUCCUUUGGAUAUGCUGCUCAGUCACUUCUAGCGGCACUCGGAUCUAUUCAGUUUGUAUCCAACAUUGCAUUUGCUUACUUUGUGUUAAACAAAAUGGUGACUGUCAAGGUAAUGGUUGCCACAGCAUUUAUCGUACUUGGAAACAUUUUCCUUGUUGCUUUCGGCAACCACCAGUCUCCUGUGUUCACACCGGAGCAGCUAGCUGAGAAAUUUAGCAAUAUUACGUUCCUUCUGUACUGUCUGAUUUUGAUUUUGAUUGUUGCCUUGCAUCACUCCAUUUACAGGAGAGGAGUACUUCUUCAUGCAGUUAGCGGACAUGAUCUGAGAUCCUAUUGGCAUAUGCUGCUUCCUUUUUCUUAUGCCAUAGUUUCAGGUGCUGUAGGGUCAUUCUCAGUGUUGUUUGCAAAAUCUCUCUCUAAUCUGUUACGGUUGGUGAUGUCUAGCAGUUAUCAGUUACAUAGCUGGUUCACAUAUUCCAUGCUCCUUCUAUUUCUAAGUACAGCUGGAUUUUGGAUGACUAGGUUGAAUGAAGGAUUGUCGCUGUUCGAUGCAAUUCUUAUUGUUCCUAUGUUCCAAAUUGCUUGGACAUUCUUUUCCAUUUGUACAGGAUUUGUAUAUUUUCAAGAAUACCAGGUAUUAAAUACACUAAGGACGACAAUGUUCAUACUCGGAAUGAUGUCUGUGUUUACAGGCAUAUCUUUGUUGGCACCUGAUGAUUCCAAAGGUGGAGAUAUCAAAGAUAAUUCAUCAUUAGUUUCGGUAAACAUUCCAAAAGAAGUGGACAGGAUUGUUGUGCCAUCUGAGGAUAUACAAAUCAGAGACACAAGAUCAUUUGUGCAAGGAAUCCUGAUGAAGAUUUCGGAGGCACUAGUGAAAGCAAAGACUGCUUGUGCCUUAUCUUUAGGAUUUGGAGAGGAUUCAAUCAAUGCAUCUGCAGUGCUUGUGAUGCCUAUGGUGUCAUCAAAGAUAACAGGCUUUAGAGGAAAUGGAUUUGACCGUGCCAAGAUUUUCUCCAUGAGAAAUUCAAAUUCUGGUUGGGGUAAAAUCUCUAUGGAUGAAGAUGCUACAAAAAUGCUAGAGACAAGCCCGAUGCUCCCUGAAAGCCCUUGAUAGGAGGUGUAUCAACAUUGCAUUAGGAGGGAGGUAUUUCCGUGUUGUUGUCCAUGUAGAGAUACAAGUUGUU